AUGACGGGAAGAAGGCCAAAUGGACCAAAAGGGGAUUCACCCCACAAACCGGCUCCGGCUGGUUUGUGGGGCUCGGCUGGUUUGCCGGUUGGCCGAUCCGCUUCGCCGGGUCAGUCGACUGGCAAACCAGGCACAGUCGGGCCGGCUCCGGUCAGAGCUCAGACUGUGCCGGGCGUGCCACCUGCGGCUGCCUCGUCGGCUUCGGCUGACAAGGUGGCUGCGGGUGGCAUGUCGGUCGAUAAGCCGGCUUCGGCUGGUUUAUCGACUGAUAAGCCAGGCGCGGUUGGUGCGGCGGCUUCGGCCGACGCAUCGUCCGCGUGUGGCGCGCCCGCCACUAGUGCUGGCAUGCCGGCUUCGGCCGGCAUGCCGGCCUCGAUUGUUCCCCCGGGUGUGGCCGGAACGUCGGCUUCGGCUGGCGGUUUGACACCAGGGCAAGCCACAAACAGCAUCUACCUUUGGCCAUAUCCACCGACGAGCGCGUACUUCGCCUGGCCUCCGCUUUCUAUUUCUAAAACUUAUGGAGCCGUCGUCUUUGGUGGUACAGCAGAAGUUACGAAUAAUAUAACCGUAAGUAACCUUCAAUUUACGGGGUGCGCCAAAAGUCCCCGGACUCAUUAUUUUAGUCAUAUAUUUAUUAAAACAAUCAAUAUACUUAAAACAACAACUAACAAUAGUAACAUAUAGUACUAGUUAUAACAUAGUCAAGCGGUUUCGAAGUGCCCCCCUUUGCCGCUACGCAGAGGCGUAAACACUUCACAAAGUUUUCAGCGAUGGGCCGCAGGUCCUGAGGCGUAA